AGAGAGAUAUCCAGAGAGAUAGAGAGAGAGGUAGCCAGAGAGAUAGAGAGAGAGGAGAGAGAGAGAGACAGAGAGAGAGAGAGAGACAGAGAGAGAGAGAGAGACAGAGAGAGAGAGAGAGAGAGACAGAGAGACAGAGAGAGAGAGAGAGACAGA